AUGUAUUGUUCAAAUGUUAAUUUAAAUAUUAAAGAUCAUGGAGCAUUUUCAACACGUAUAAACAAAACACUUCAUCUUCUUUCUGGAAGUCAACGAUUUCGUGUGAAAGUUACAGAAAAAUUUUUGAGAGAAAAAAUAAUCUGUGGAUUAAAAGACUGUCCAACAUGUAAAGCGGCAAAUAUUUAUUGUGAUACUGAUGCUGCUAAACCAUGCAUAGAGCCUGAAUUUAAUGCUGGGAUCAAUUCAUUGGUUAAAGAUCCUCAUGUAUUAAUUUUUGAUCAAGAUUUAUUUGUUAGUGCAUAUGAUUUGGUUAAUUUUAAAAAAAUUGACAAUGUCAUUUUUUGCCAUUCACAAAUUGAAGAGUUAACAAAAAUUCAUCGCAAAGCUGGACGUCAAGUUAUUGCAGAAUGUCUCAAAGAAAGCAGUAGAGUAUUUGAAAUUUUAGAUGAUAUUUGUGAACAUACUUUUGUAUCACUUCCAGCAGGAAAAAAAAUGAAUAUAAGAUUUAAUUCUGUAAUUAUUAAAGUUGCUAAUUAUUUAAAAUCACAUUGGAAUGAGAAUAAUAUAAAAAUUCGUCCUAUAAUUUUAUGUGCAUCUUCUGAUAAUUGUUCAAAAAUAAAAGAAGAGUAUGAUGAUUGUUUUACAAUUAAUGAAUAUGGGGAAGGAAUCAUUGAUGAUGAUGAUUUAAAAGAUAGAUUAAAAGGUUUGGAAGUUUUUGAUGUAGAUGAUUAUGUAUAUCCACCAUAUUAUGAAACUAAAGAAUUAGAAGAUGGAAUUAGAAAAGGUGAAAUUAGACAAGGAACUUUUGAAUUAUCAAAAGAAAAUAAAGAUGAAGGAUGGAUAAAUAUAACUGAAGAUGAACGAAUAUUAUUUAAAGGAAGAGAUAAUAUUAAUCGUGCAUGUAAUAGAGAUGUUGUAUUCUAUAGAAUUCUUCCUCAAGAACAAUGGACUUCUCCUGAUAAUAAUAUUGUAAUUGAUGUAUCUGAUGAAUUAAAAGAAGAUGAUGCAAAAGCAGAAGAAUUGCUUGAUGCUCCAAUUGUAAAAAAAAUAAAAAUUAAUGAUGAAGAUAAAGUUUGUUGUGGGCAAGUUAUUGGAGUUAAAUCAAGAUCAUGGAGGAAUCUUUGUGGUGUAUUAAUGCCACGAACCGGAAACGGAGAAAAUUGUUUAUUUUUACCGGCUGAUCCAGCAUAUCCAAAGAUUAGAGUUCGCAUUAAAAGAUAUGAUGAAAUUUGUGGAAAAAGAAUUAUUGUUAAGGUAGAUGAUUGGCCAUCGAAUUCUCGUUAUCCAAUAGGUCAUUAUGUAAGAAUGAUUGGUAAUGCUGGUGAUGUAAAUGUUGAAAAUGAAGUUAUUUUAUUAGAACAUGACAUUCCGUAUCUUCCAUUUUCAGAAGAAGUUAAUGCAUGUUUACCAAAAAUGCCAUGGGUACCAAAUUUAAAUAAUGGGCGUGUCGAUCUUAGAGAUUUACUUAUUUGUUCUGUUGAUCCAGAUGGCUGUACGGAUAUUGAUGAUGCUUUACAUUGUCGUUGGAUAGAAUGUAAAAAUCGUUAUGAAGUUGGUGUUCAUAUUGCUGAUGUAACUGCUUUUGUUAAACCUGGUACUGCUAUUGAUAGAGAAGCUCAGUUAAGAUCCACAUCUGUUUAUCUUUGUGACCGAAGAAUUGAUAUGUUACCAGAAUUAUUAUCAGGAAAUUUAUGUUCACUCAUGCCAGAUGUUGAAAGAUAUGCAUUUUCUGUACUUUGGUAUUUUAAGGAUGAUUUUACACUUGAUAUUGACAUUGAACCACUAUUUCAAAAAACUUUGAUUCGAUCCAAUAAAAAGUUUACUUAUCACGAAGCACAAGCUCUACAUGAUGAUACUACUAAUGAUAGUGAUUUAGCCAAAAGUUUACGUAAUUUAAUGAAAAUUUCAAGAGUUUUAAAAGAUAUCAGAAUUAAAAAUGGUGCUUUAACUUUAGCAUCAUCAGAAGUACGAUUUGAAGUUGAUACAGCUACGGGGUUACCAUUAAAAGUUACUUCAAAAAAUUUUGUAUCAACAAUGUCAAUGAUUGAAGAAUUUAUGUUGUUAGCAAAUUGUACAGUUGCUAGAAAAUUGAUACAACAUUAUCCUGAAUUUUCUGUUCUUCGUAGACAUCCACAACCAACUGAAAAAAUGUUUGAUCCACUUAAACAAAUUUUUGAUCAACUUGGAGCUCAUUUAGAAGUUGCAACUGGAAAAACAUUAUCUGAUUCUUUAAAUGCUGCCACAAAAAAUGAUACAAUGACUGAUACACUUCUCCGUAUGAGUGCAACAAGGUGCAUGACUCAAGCAUUAUAUUUUUGUGCAGGUUCUAUUGAAUCUAAAAUGUAUAAACAUUUUGGAUUAGCAGUACCAGAGUAUACACAUUUUACAUCACCUAUUCGACGAUAUGCUGAUGUUAUGGUUCAUCGUCUUUUAGCUGUAAUUAUUGGAGCUGAAGAAUUUCAUAAAGAUUUUGCUAAUAAAACUAGAGUUAUUUCUGCUACAGAUAAUAUGAAUUAUCGUCAUAAAAAUGCUCAAUAUGCUAGUAGAGCUUCUGUUUUUCUAAAUACAUUACUGUAUUUUAAAGAUAAAUCUGAAAUAACAGAUUCAUAUAUUAUGAAGGUUAAGAAUAAUGGUGUUCAUGUUUUUGUACCAAAAUAUGGUUUUGAUUCUGCAAUUGUUGUUGACCCUAAAAAAUAUUCAUCUGGUAAAAAUUUUAUGGAAAAUCAUAAUUUACAUAUAUUUUCAAUUCUUCGAGUUAUUAUUAGCACAGUAAAAUUAAUGAAUGGUAAUAUGAAAAUUAAAUUAACUCUUGCUGAUGACAAUGUUGAAGUUGAAAGUGCUCCUUUGUUACAAGAAGAUG